AUUUUAAAUAUACUUUUCUAGGUUCAUGGAGUCUGUGUGGACUGUGUGUCUGAGGACAAUUCUAACAGGUUUGCUUUUAUUCUCUUCAACCAAGGAGUCCAGGAACAAUAUAAAGAGGGAAUAACUGGGUAGUUAAGAGAAAUUUGUGAACACAUUCUAAGUGGGGGGAGGGGGAUUAAUGGUUUUGGAAAAAUAUUGACAAGACUGAAUUGUUGUUUAGCUAGAUCAGUUCUCAAGCUUAUUGGUCUCGGAACCCUCUUGUGUUCUUAAAAGUUACAAAGGACUCCAAAGAUUGGUUAAUAGCUAUGUAUCUUUUAUUUAUGUUGAUAUUAACAUAUUAGAAUAAACGGGGAAAAUUUUAAAUUAUUAAUUUUAAAAUCAUAAGUUAUAAUUAAUAGUAAAUGAUAAUGAUAUGUUGACCUAAAUAACUUUAUGGAAAACAUAUUUUUCCUAAAUGAAAGAAAAUUUAGUGCAAAGAAUGGUGGUGUUUUACAGUUUUGCAAGUCUCUUUCAUGUCUGGCUAAUAGAAGACAGCUGGAUUUUCAUCUGUUUCUGAUUUCAGUCUGUUAUGAUAUCUUGUUUUGGUUGAAAUGUAUGAGAAAAUCCAGCCUAAUACAGAUAAGCAGUUGGAACAGGGAGGGGGCCCCCAGGGGUCUUUGGAUCACACUAUGAAAACUGCUGAAGGAGAUGAUUUCAACUUAAAAUCACUGAUGUUCUAAGCGAAAGAAAACUUACUCUUUUUUGGAACACCUCAUUCGCCUUACCUUGGUUCCCUUCAUUCAUUAUUUCUAAGUUCUUUUUCUGUUCUUAUUCAUCCUCCUUUCUUCUGUUGAGUGGCGGAUCUGACUUAUGGAACUUUCUUUUACUUUCAUACUUAAAACUUUAUUGAAUUUUCUCCCUCUCUGUUUCUUUUGAAGUAAAAACAAAAACAAAACCCCUCAAAUGUUCUAGAGCCCCCAGUUAUUUAGUAGCUAGUCAGAAUGAAAGUUGGUGGUAUUUUGUGUGCUUAUUAACUGUCUGGUUUUAAAAAUCUCUCUCUCUCUCUUUGUGCUUUGUUUUAAUAUUCCUCAUGUGGAAGGAGAAAAUUCAUCUGGAACAGAGGACCAGAGACUUGAGUUGUCAUAAAAGGCACAAAGAAAGUGUAGCUUCUGAGCUAAAUGAUGGCAACGUUGCAGAGUAAAGAAGAACAUGGGAAGGGGUCAAAGAAAACCUUCGCCCCACCUGUACAAAAAAUGCAUAGCCUGAUGUGCUAUAGCCCUAACUCACCCAAGGAGGAGACCCUGGGGAUCAGUUCCUCAAAGGACAGGUUAGAGAAGAAGGAGGAGAAAGCAACCACAGAAAAUGGUCCAAGCAGUGGCCAGGAGAAAAAAGGAAAGGCUAAAGACAAGAAAGCAGAGAAGAAAGCAAAGGAAAAAUUAAGUCUCACCAAUGCAGAAUUUGAGGAGAUUGUCCAGAUUGUGCUACGGAAGUCCCUCCAGGAGUGUUUGGAGACUUCCUGUGCCCAGCCCAUAAGACGUACCCAAUUAGACAAGGAACCAGGAAUUGCUUCCUCUACUGAUAAUGAUAAUGCUGAUGGAGAGAAGGUAAUGGUACCUCAUAUUCUAGAGAUUUCAGCCACUAAGGAAGCUGGAGUGACCUCUGUGAUAGAGACAUCUAAGCCAGGCCAGCCAGAUCCUCCACCUUCUGAGAAGAAAUUCAAUAGAUUCUCCUUAAGCAAAGGAAAGAAAGGAGCCCAAGAUGAGAAAAUGGAGAAAGCCCAAAGUGGACGUGAGCCCAGACAGAAAGCUCAACUGAAAAAAACAGUUCAAAAUCAUUCUCAGAUCAGAAACCAACAAAAAGGAGAAGGCAGUGGUUUUGGUCAGUGUCUCGUCUGGGUCCAGUGUUCCUCCCCAAACUGUGAGAAGUGGAGGCGGCUUUGUGGGAACAUUGACCCCUCAGUGCUUCCAGAUAAUUGGUCCUGUGAUCAGAAUACAGACUUGAAGUAUAAUCGCUGUGACAUCCCUGAGGAGUCCUGGAUAGGGCAUGAGAGUGAUGUGGCCUAUGCCUCCUACAUUCCAGGAUCUAUCAUCUGGGCCAAGCAAUAUGGUUAUCCUUGGUGGCCAGGCAUGGUAGAAUCUGAUCCUGACCUGGGGGAAUAUUUUCUUUUUGCUUCUCAUCUUGAUUCCCUGCCGUCUAAGUACCAUGUGACAUUUUUUGGAGAGACAGUUUCUCGUGCUUGGAUCCCAGUUAACAUGCUGAAGAACUUCCAGGAGCUGUCCCUGGAGCUAGCUGGAGUGAAAAGGUGCAGGAACAAGGAUUGCAGUCAGAAACUGGGAGUGGCCCUGACGAUGGCUCAGGAGGCAGAACAGAUCAGUAUUCAGGAACGGGUUAACUUAUUUGGUUUCCGGAGCCGAUACAAUGGAUCUGACAAUAGUCGGGAAGGAAAAGACAUAACGGUUACUGGGGCUAACAGCCCAGAUUCCCGCUUGGAGAAAGAAGGGGAAGAGGCCGUGUUGGAGGAGGUGGAGGAGGAGGAAGAAGAGGAAAAAGACUCAACUUUGCCCAGUCCCAAGCCAGCCAAAAUUCAGACAAAAAACCCCAAGGCAAGAGGCAUAGCAGAUGGACGAGAUGGGAUCCUGCAAAGCAAGACAACGAAGAGAUCUCUGGGAAAUGAAUCUGCAGCAACACCUGUACGCAUAAUGGGAAGGAAAGAAGGACACAGGAAUUCAGAGCCUGACCAGCCAGGCCCUAAGAAAAAAUUUAAAGCUCCCCAGAGCAAAGCUGCAGGAACCAACUUCCCUGAGGACAAAGAAGCUAGGAUGGAGCCAAAGGGCCUGCCCCCACCAGCUCAUCUUGGGGCUUGUCCCAUGGUGGGGAAAGAAGGCUCAAAGUGUCCUCAGGAGGCUGGAAGUGUCCUCCAUGACGAUGAAGCCUCCAGUGACCUGGACCUGGAGCAACUCCUGGAAGAUGUUGGAGAAGACCCGGAGCAGCUGGAGGAGCCACAGUGUGGAGAUGACCCUGGGGAGUUCACCACGACCUUCUUUGAGGAAUAGCUGUGUGCUCCUGCCUCACCCGCUUCCACAGGAGCAGCAGAGAGAGCCCCUCAGAGGGUCCCUGAGAAGCUACUAAGUGUGGGGUUUGUUCCUCAGCUACAGGUCAAUUGGCUAAAGUCACGGCUCUGCAGUUUAUGUGUUAAUAAAACAGGUUACUGGCUUAAGUGG